AUGCCGCGGGCCCUGACCAACAUAGCGUCAGGAACCUUCCUACACACCAAGGUGGUCAUUGAGACAGGGGCCGUGCCCAUCUUUAUAGAGCUACUCAACUCGGACUAUGAGGAUGUACAAGAGCAGGCAGUGUGGGCAUUAGGAAAUAUAGCUGGGGAUAAUGCAGAGUGCAGAGACUACGUCCUCAACUGUGGCAUCUUGCCUUUUCUUCAGCAGUUGCUUGCGAAAUCAAACCGGCUCACUACCACCCGGAACGCAGUGUGGGCGCUAUCCAACCUUUGCAGAGGGAAAAAUCCACCUCCGGACUUUGCAAAGGUGUCACCAUGUCUGAGCGUGCUCUCCAGAUUGCUCUUCAGCAGUGAUCCUGAUGUUCUUGCAGAUGCCUGCUGGGCACUUUCAUACCUGUCCGAUGGACCCAACGACAAAAUCCAGACAGUUGUUGAUUCGGGCGUGUGCCGCAGGCUGGUUGAGUUGCUAAUGCACAGUGAUUACAAGGUGGUGUCCCCUGCACUGAGAGCAGUGGGGAACAUUGUAACAGGAGACGAUGUUCAGACCCAGGUGAUUCUGAACUGCUCCGCUCUGCCCUGCCUGCUCCAUUUACUCAGCAGUCCGAAGGAAUCCAUCAAAAAAGAAGCUUGCUGGACCGUCUCCAAUAUCACCGCUGGGAACAGAGCGCAAAUCCAGGCGGUAAUCGAUGCCAACAUAUUCCCAGUGCUAAUCGAGAUACUGCAGAAAGCUGAGUUCCGCACCAGGAAGGAGGCCGCGUGGGCAAUAACCAACGCCACUUCGGGAGGCAUGCCAGAGCAGAUUAGAUACUUGGUAUCUCUCAACACCAUAAAGCCCAUGUGUGACCUGCUGACGGUGAUGGACUCCAAGAUUGUGCAGGUGGCUCUAAAUGGCUUGGAGAACAUCCUCAGACUAGGAGAACAGGAGUCCAAACAGAACGGAACAGGCAUCAAUCCUUACUGUGCUCUCAUUGAAGAGGCUUAUGGCUUGGACAAGAUUGAGUUCCUGCAAAGCCACGAGAACCAGGAGAUCUACCAGAAGGCCUUUGACCUGAUCGAGCACUACUUUGGCGUGGAGGAGGAGGACGCCAGCAUCGUUCCGCAGGUGGAUCAGAAUCAGGGCCAGUACAUUUUCCAGCAGUCUGAGGGACCGAUGGAAGGCUUCCAGCUCUAACCCGUAUCGCUGUGCUACUGGCCAAGCUUCAGGCCUUGCUUCCUCCUUCCUGCCUGGAGUCUCCUCUCCCUCCUUCUCCGCAGAGCAGGACCUCAGCUCCAGCCUCGCUCCAAGACACUGAGGCCCGUACCCACUCCUCACAGCAGAGAUUACACUUGCACCCGCUGCCCCCCCAAACCCAACCCAACCCACUAAAUCUUCCAUUUCCAUCCUGCUCAUAUUCCAAACUCCAUUAUCGAGAGAGAAAAUCUGUGAGAUGGAUCGAGGAGAGCAAAGCAAAGAAGUCUGUAGUUUAAGUCCUGUUGAGACUUACAAAAAGCAUCUUGCUUUUAUUAUUAUUGUUGUUGAUGUUAUUAUGAUUAUUAGACAUUGACACUGGUGUCCUGUAAAGUAAACUUUACUCCAUAUCCCUUGAGAAAUGUGAAACUACCUCUUCAAUCAGAAAA